AUGGCCGGCUCACGCCAGCUUGAUGCGUGGAUCCUACAACUGGCUGAUACCCCACAAGAACUGACCAAAUUACGACGUAGGGUGAUGCUCCAAAGCAUCUCCAAGCAAUGCUGCCGGCCCGAGCCCGAGGACCAGAAGCCUCCAGAGCCCUUGUAUCGCCUGAAUGAGUUUCAGGAGGUCAUUGCUCUGGUGUCCGAGAUGGACUGUGGACAACGGCUCUUCUAUCUCAUCAAUCAGACGGUAACGCUGAGAGAUGCCAUCACCCAGCUGCAUGCGGACGUCAUGGGCCUGGCUGGGAUCUUCAUCCAGCUGCUAAGACAUUUGUUGGGAGUCCUGGGACGGGCACGGCCCGGGCAACUCAUGUUCUGUGUGUCCUGUUACUAA